AACACCAAAUAAGACAUUUAUUUAUUUAGUUCUACCCACCACCGCCCACUCGAGAAAUGCGUUCAUAAAUAUAAGGUAUCUGGUGUUGUUGUGUGGACCGCCAGUCACUACCAGAUCCACGGAGAAAGAAUGCGCCUGGACGGUUCCUCGCGGGUCACUGGCAGUCAUGUGACUGUGCCAUGUCGUUAUGGAGUCCUUUUGCAGCUCCGGUGCACCGACAGAUCGUCUGACCGGCUCGAUGUGUCCGGGAGAGGCUACAAACCAGGGAUAAAGGUCGACCACGUGACUCGGCGUGACUUCCGAAAGACAACUUCCCUCCAACCACCCGCGAGUGGUCGCUCUGAAGUGUCGGUGUUCCAACAGAGGAGUUGUUUGUUUACAGCGUUCCCGCCGCACAACGGAUCCUUGUUGACGUUAGAAGACCCGGUAAGUUACUGACACGUCUCGGGCGGAAGUUAGUUUUUAGAAACGCCGUUGACCUGCUUAGUGUGACCAACAUGCCACAGGCUUCACGGAGAAGUGAAACUGACACUGGUCUGUUUGAGUUUGUGUUGUUCCAACUGCGCAACAAAUUUGACGUUCGCUCUCCGGUGCAAACGCUGACUCACUCACUGGGCUCGAGACCCGCCGAGGUCACAGGGGCAUGAGAACGUGCAAGUUUGACGGAGAUAUCUUCACUGAGUUCUGAAGAUAUAAAGUCCAUACCGGACUCCUGAGUUUACAGACUGCUUUCCCCUCUGCACCGGGAGAAGAUAUAACCGGAGGGCAUUGUUCCAGUUAGCAGAUCAGUAAAACGGUCAGAUCAGCGGGAUUAUGAUCGGUUCUCCCGACCUGUUGGCGUUCACCGGCGCUGAGGGCUUCGGCGAGGCGAGGGAGCGCGCGGGCGAGUUGCAGGGGGUCCCUGAGGAGCUGUCAGUCCCACUGCUGCCCCGCGCGCACCCCUGGGCCGCCACCUCCUCCGCCCUCUUCCUCCGGGACUUCAUACUGGUGGCAGAGUUCUCUGAACAGGUGGGACCCCAGCCCGUGCUCACCAUCCCAGACGAUCCCAGGAUUCUGGGUGCAUUUGAUUUGAACCACUUCUCACUCCGGAUCAUGUCCGUGGACUACCAAGCCUGCUCUCCUGGCCCCUCCCCCUCCCCGUCAGGCCCCUCCCACACAGGCCCCGCCCCCCGCCUCAGCUUCUGUGAGGACUCCCGUGUGGUCAUGGGAGACUGGGGCAGCUUUGCCUAUGUGCAGCACCUGACGCUGUACGACCUGGAGGCUCGAGGCUUCGUCAGGCCCUUCUGCAUGGCCUACGUCUCUGCAGAGCACAGGAAGCUCAUGGAGCACUUCCUGUUGCUGUCGGAGGGGCUAGGCCAAGCCUCUGAUUGGCUGAAGACAGGAAACAGACGGGCCUUCGCCCGGGAGCUGACCAGGAAGUUGCUGGACCUGGAAUACACACGCUCAGUCCUGCAGAAAGAAUCUGAGGCCCAGUCAGCCAAUGAGCUGGCAGGAAUCGAGCGUUCCAUCCUAGAGCACCGCGACCUUCUGCGGCAGGUCACUUCCUUCCCAAACAGGAAGCUGAAACAGCCUGACUUCCUGCCGUAUGACACAUAUGACCCAGAACCCCACCCACUGACCCCUGAACCCCCCUCCCCCUCCUACACGCCCCGGCUGGUGAAGCUCCCCCCCUCACGGCGUUUUGACCGGCGCAUGAAGCCCCUGGAGGAGCUGAGUGAUGCCUACUUUCUGUCUCUCACACUGGAGCAGCUGGCCACCGUGGAGCGCCGUCUCCGUGGCGACUUGCCCUCGCUGUUCACCGCACGCAUCACGCAGGCGCUGACCAGGAAGUACCCGCUUAACAACUUCCUGUUCGAGCCCUGGAACCCCGAGGAGGGGGAGGAGCUGCAGGGCAGAGAGGGAGGAAGUAGUGGGGAGGGACUUCCUGUGCCAGAAUGCGACGGCCAGUGUCCUCCAGCCAGCUUGGAGUCUUUCUUCUCCUGCGUGGAGGAGCUGUCAAUCAAACUGGAGAUAGGAAGUAGGGGGGCGGGGCAGGGCGUGGAGGAGGAGGCUGCUGGGGACACGAUGGUGGGGAGCGUGAGCAGCGGUGACAGCAUUGAGGUUCUGGGAACAGAGAAGUCCUACCGCUCUCAGCCUGUCACCACGGACACUGGAGAACUGAGAGAGUUGCUGGGCGGCGAAGGGCGGCAGGUGGAGGCGGGGCCAGGGCAUGUGGAGGCGGGGCCAGUGCGUGUGGAGGCGGGGCCAGGGCGUGUGGAGGCGGGGCCAGGGCAUGUGGAGGCGGGGCCAGGGCGUGUGGAGGCGGGGCGUGUGCGUGUGCCAGCGCGGCGCUCUAACAGUGAGGACAGCAUUGAGGUGCUCAGCACCACCCUCGUCCCCGACGACCUGGCUGCCAUCACAGAGGAGACGGAGGAGAGCCCUGGAAACGCUGCCAUGGAGGAGCACUGCACCCUGGCUCAGAAAGAUUCCCACCAGCAGCCUGAGGGUUGCCGUGCCAACGGUCAGGUCAAAGGUCAGCGGCUGGUCCCGAAGCUCCGUCUGAACUUGACUCCGGCCGUGACCCCAGAGGCCCUCCCCCUGACCUCUGUGGAGCGCUGGUCGCUGUCUUGCUCAGCAGACGAAGCAGUUGACUGCUCCUCCUCACCCUGCUCCUCCGAGGCCCCCUCCCUCUCCUCCCGUCACCACGGCAACUCCCACCAGCGCCGUAGGAGGGCGGGGCUGCGUGCGCUCAGGUUCCUUCACCAGAACUCGUUUUCCCAGCAUGUCGUGUUCUGCUUGCUCAGCGGGCGGCCCCUGCUGGUGAUUGGUGGAGAGGAGCGUUCCGUCCAGAGAACGGUCGGGGCCCUCGCCCUCUACCUGCCCAACCCCGGUCGCCCCGGCAGCAGUGUGCAGCCCUGCCUCAGCCGGCCCCUCAGCCUGGCCGACCUGCUCACCUAUAGGCUCAUCGGCAUCGUCAGAUCUUCUGGAACUCCAUUUCCCAGCAUGCACCCCUCUGUGGAUCAUUAUGGUCGCUACGUAGCUCUGCUGGACCUUGACCACAGGACUCUGCGCUGCCCUCCCUACAGCGGCUCUCUGAUUGGCCGGCUUGCUGACCCCCGCUCUCUAAUUGGGCGAGGCAGCACGUACCUGCUGCACCUGGAGAGCUGCCUCACGGCAUUGGCCAAUCGGGCGUUUGUAUACACUUUCAGUCCCGCCCUCCAACGUCCCAGCAUGCUCGGCGAGGAGGAAGUGGUCCAGGCUGAGCGCCGGCGUCACUUCCUGUGUGGGCGGGGCUGCAGCAGCCAGGAUGACCUGAAGGUGAUGGACUUCCUUUCUGACCUCAUUAAACAGCGCCAGACAGGAAGUGGACCUCCGGUCCUCCGCUUUUCCUACAGCCCCACCCUUCUCCAUAAGAAUACAGCCGGGUAGAACUGCAAACACAGUACCGUAACCAUGGCCACACUGAACUAUAAUGUAAUCAUAGCAAUGCAGAACCUUGGUACUGUAACUACAGGAACACAAAACUGGGAGUUGAUACUGUACAAUCUUCAUCUUGACAAGAUCUAGAUUCUGAAUGUGUGUCGUGUUAAUACAACCUGACUGAGUGUGUGUGUGUGUGUGUGUGUGUGUCAG